CCUUUCUAACCUUAAUUUUUUAAGCCUUCUGAGUUUAGCUAAUAUUUUCACGGAAAAAACGGAAACCCAUAUACGGGAUGGAAUUCCACAUCCAGUGCUGGAAUUCCCAAAUUCCCACUCUUUUCUCCCCAAAACCCUAGAUUAGAUAGAAAGGAAGGAGAAAAGGUAAAUCCAACGUUCCCAGCCCUCGUCUUCUCUUCCGCCCUCUUUCACCAUUGCCAUCAUCAUCACCAUUCAUCUUCCUUGUCUAUGAUCAUGCACAGAUCCGGGCCCACAAUGGCUUGGAACGUCUUCAAAUUCUGUACGGCCCUCCGCGGCCUCGGGUCGAUCAUGAUCCUCCUCGUCCUCGGCGUCGUUGCUGUCACUUACUACGCUCUCGUCCUCACCAAUUACGGCCCGGCCUUGUACGCCGGCGGCCUCGAUUCGGUCACUGCCUUCGCCAUCUUACUCAUCUUCCAUUGCCUCCUGGUGAUGCUGCUGUGGAGUUACUUUUCUGUGGUGUUUACGGACCCCGGUGGCGUCCCACCGAAUUGGAGGCCUGUUGUGGAUGAAGAGAGGGGAGACACUGUCCCAUUGACUGGUUCAGAGUAUGGUGGGACGCCAGACCCUGAUCCGUCGAAUACAAGAAUCCGAUACUGCCGGAAGUGCAACCACCCAAAACCACCUCGCUGCCAUCAUUGUUCUGUUUGUGGGAGGUGUAUACUGAAAAUGGACCAUCAUUGUGUGUGGGUCGUGAAUUGCGUGGGGGCUUUGAAUUAUAAGUAUUUCCUUCUUUUCCUGUUCUACACUUUUCUUGAGACGAGUCUUGUUACCUUGUCGUUAUUGCCACAUUUUGUGGCAUUCUUUAGCGAUGGAGAGAUUCCUGGAACUCCAGGGACCCUUGCAACCACUUUUCUCGCAUUUGUGCUGAACUUGGCAUUUGCACUGAGUGUUCUCGGAUUCCUGAUCAUGCAUAUGUCAUUGGUGGCUGCUAAUACGACAACCAUCGAGGCUUAUGAGAAGAAGACCACUCCUAAAUGGCGGUACGACCUUGGCCGAAGAAAGAACUUUGAACAGGUGUUUGGAACAGACAAGAGAUACUGGUUCAUCCCUGCAUACUCCGACGAGGAUCUGAGAAAGAUGCCCGCGCUUCAGGGUCUCGAGUAUCCUUCCAAGCCCGACCUCGAUGGCCAGGAGUUCUGACAAUCCAUUCGUGCAGCAAUCCAUGGCACCUGAAAGAACAGCUUAGCUUUCCCUAGUCUGAUCAUGUGCAGACGAAGGCUGCAUGCUUGGAUCUUUGCCCACGACCAACAAAGCACCCAGCACAGGGGUCAGGGAUAUAAGCUUUUUAUGGAUGGGAUAAGCUAAGAGGUGCAGUACAAAGAGGAGGGUUUUGCAUUCUUUUUGUUUUUUCCCUAAGGUGGUGAUGUUUGUUUCCUGUGUUACUUGAAUUAAUCCAACGUGGGGUUGGAAAGAGGUGGGAUGUGGAUGUUUCCGCGUUUGUUGUAUAAUCAUCAUAGUUUAAUACCUGUGGGAUGUAAUGAAGGGCCACCUGCCAAAUACCAUACUAAUAAUCAUUUUUUUUUUUUUUUUUCUAGAAGUGCUAGAAAAUCAUUUUUGUGGAUGGUGGAAUUAAUAUAUUGGGUGGGCCCUGUUUGGGACCAGAGAAUAUUGUAAGUAGAAAUAAGAAUAUUGGUUGGAACAUA